GAUCUUUCUGUUUCACGCUUUUUGAUUUAUUGAAAUCGAAAUGCAGCAUAUAAACAGCCUGUAUCUACCUGAUAUUAGUUACGUAGUUUGUACAAGGUGAAUGGUUAUACGGAAGUAUAAUACAUCAUUUACUAUACGUAUUUUUUCUAUAUAAUUGUUAAAGUAAUAUGCGAUGUUUAGUACUUAACAAUUUAUAAUAUAUUAUAACCAGGCGAUCGACCCAAUAUAGCUUUGCGGACGAUUUUUUCACUGCAGUUCAUAAUGAAUGCACCUAGUCCGGAAGUAGAUGUGUUUAUUAGUAACUACACGAUCGUCGAUCCAGACGUAUACCAUCUGUGGGUGAAUGGAUAUUCCGCAUCGGAAGCAGUAUCCAUUCUGAAACAGUAUGGUAUACUGGAGGAAAUGGGCACUACACUUGACUUGGUUGCAUCUGACAUAUUAGAUCAUUACAGGACUUAUAGUUUACUAGAAAAAAUAAUCCAUUAUCCAACAAAGUUAGAUCAACAGCUGGCAUUUCAAAUCGAGCCACAAACAAAACACAUAUUAGURGAAAAGUAUUAUGAAAUAGAUGAUAUAGUAGUUCGAGAAUUUCUUGGAAAAAAAUUAUCAUCAAAACAUCGUAAGGAUUUGGAUGAAGUUAGUGAAAAAACAAGCAUCGCUAUAAAAUCUUGCAGACGUCAAUUUGACAAUGUCAAAAGAGUUUUUAAAGCUGUUGAAGAACUUCAAGGUUCUGUUAUCCAAAAUAUUUCUAGCAUAUUUUUACUAUCAGAAGAUCUGGCCAAGAAGUAUGGAGUAAUUGUUUUCAUAGCUUGUAUGCGUUUUGAAACGUCAAAACGUAAAUUACAAAUGUUAACAUUUCCUGAUUUUUAUGAACCAACUMUAUGUAUUAUGAACAAGUGGACUUAUCCUAAAAGUAGUCCAGAGUUUGGAGACACUGAUUUGGAUCGAGAGUUUUUGCUUGAAUUAAGAGAAGUUAGAGUAUUAUUAGAUAAAGAGAAGGAUCACAAACAUAUUGUAUGUCAAAAAUUAAAGCCAGAGUUUCUUGAAAAAACAUAUAAUAGUAUGGAAGUUAAUUUUCGUAUGCUGAGUAGAGCUAUAAUAGGAAUAGCCUAUAAUCUUCACCACAAUAGAGAMCUAAGAGGAUUUUUCCUGGAAGUAGUAGAAAAAAUUGUUGAUCCAUGGAGAAUACUUGGUUGGAACAAAAUAGAUGUUAUGAAUUUCCUUAAAGUAUAUGUCAACUGUGCAAUAGAAUUAGAUAUAUUCCAAGAUGCAGAAGUGAAGAAAGCUUGGGAACGGUAUAUGGAUGUAAUAACAACCAGUGUCAAACAACUCUACUAAAAUACCUGAUACAGUAGUACUAUAUUUGUAAUACAUUUGAAGAAAAUUAAAAAAAAAAAUUGUUUGUUUCAUAGUAUAGACUGCUGAGAUAGUAAUUUAUAAUAUUACGUCAGAUAUUUUUUAACCUGUGUCCUUAUAAACAAUGKGACUGURUUUAAUAUAUAUAUAUAAUAUUUGUUUUAGAAAAAGUUAACUAUUUUUAUAAGAAUAAGCACAUYAAACACGCCAAAAUAUUUGUUUUAUGUUAAUCGUAUAUGAGAGCAUAAGCGUGCGCACGGGGGAGGCAGGGGAGGCGGUUGCCUCCCCUGCGAGAUUUUCUUCUACACCAAAAUAUAAUAUUAUACCUACCAAUUGGAGAAAAUCGGGUGGGGGGAUUGGAGUCUGUACCUCCUUAGCUAAAGUAUUGCCUCCCCUGCCAAGAAUACCUACGCACGCUUAWGUAUGAGAGUUUUUUUGAUUGUGUAUGUUAUAUUAUUUAACUUUUGUUUUACUUAAUGCUUUCAUCUAAAAUCUAGUAGUUAUACUUGUAUUGUAUAAAUUCACUAAAACUGUAGAUUAAAUUGUUAUGCUAGUCUUCAGUGUAAUGCGUCUGUAUAAUAUACAAUUAAUAUGUAUAUUAUAGUUU